UAAACUGAGCAUAUCCAUUGCUAAUCCAUUAUUAAAAUUGCUAUUUCGAUUGUUUAACAGAACAGCCGUUGUUUAACACUGUCCGAUGACUGACAUAGCUAUCUGUCGUCGGACUUGCCGCUGGAGCCCGCCACCUGCCCCGGCUCGUCAAGCGAAAAGUGUCCGAUAAAAGUGCACCUUCGUCGGACUGGCAAGAGGACCGGGUGGUGGAUUACCCAGCUACCUUAUCAUAACUGCCAUGCAGAUCCAAUGACAUCUAAUGCUACCUAGACGCAGGACGCCAAAUAGCGCACCGGGUGAAACCACCGCGAGGCAGGACGACCAGCAGGCCGCACCAUGAGUGUAGAUUGUGGCACAAUUGCCUUGAUGUUGAAGGUGUAAACUCCAUGUCCAGGAAGUACUUCUGCUCUCCGAUAGCCCAGCCGCGGCCCUCCUUUACCACGGAGUACCAGGAGAGGUUCCUUCCCCCACACUGCCACACGACCCUCAUCACUAGCUCCACCCAGAGGAACCCGUACCACACGCUGAAGGGGACGAGUGCUGAAAUAAACACUUUGAGAUCAUUCGGUGUGACCAAAAAAUUGGCAAACCAACCCCAACAUGAUGCCCCGCUUCGAUCCGAAUCACCCAAACAUCACCGGAGAUGCAGCAGCAUCACACACAAUCCUACGCACUUUGGAGCGGACCAGAUGGCUGCCAAUGUGGAGGACUACACGUCGGUGUACAGAAGAGAUUUUCAGGUGUGGAAAGUAAAGAAGCUUCUGCCAUACAAGCCUGCUGACAGCUUGACAGUCAACCAAGGAUUAGUCGUCACAGGCUGUCCCUUCCAGAACACUGCGGUCCAAGUUGCAGCCGACUCCCUUAAAUUCCCAGAGGUGCGAAAAGCACCGUUUGAAAGUGUCACCAGCUACAGAUCAGACUACGUCACCCACCCGGUUCAGACCAGACACAGGGUGAAGCCGACACACCCGACCAAAGAUCUGCUGGCGGAGCCCGAUGUGCCUUUGAAGCCUCGGGUUGCCUGGGACCAAGACAUUUGCGACGAGGCCAACUCGUUCUUUCAGUCGUUCAAGGACUGGUCCAUCGAAAACAAGAUCCACAGCAAAGGCCACGCCAGAGAAUCCGGUCCACCGCCAGACGACCUCUCCACGGCACUUGCAGACAACACGGAACACGAGUGCCGGCGCGCCAAACCGGGCCCGGCGCCUCAGUGGAGCAGAGGAACAGCCAAGGAGCGCUCUGGUGGCACGACUACCAUGAAGGAGGAUUUCAGAUGUUGGGACAAGCCGCGGCGCUUCCCCUCGGUCCGUAAAGAGGAGCCGGACAGGCCCGAGGAAACCACACCGCAGACAUUUCGCCACCAUCCCAAAUCGGAUGAGAAAGCUUCCAGCUGGCAUGCCUCCAAGACAAGCCACUGGCCUGAUGAGAAAGGAGCGCUUUCCAACUUGAAAGGCAACAAGCCUGAGACUGAAGACUCCAAGAUGUACUGGACCAGAUCUUUGGACAGAGGGGUGUCCUGGGCUGAUGGUGGGGAGGUCCGCCAAAGGAUCACCUGCAUGGUUUCCAGCAGAAGCUAAGCUGGUGGUGAGAUGUGGGGCUGCCACACAUGACCCCCGGUAGCUUCUACCGUUUCAACAAUAAAAGCCAUAAACGCAACUGAGAUUAUGGAACGACACCUAUUUUUACACCAUUAAGCGGCUCACUGAUACUGCACAGCACAACUCACUUUGAGUGUUGUGUAACCUACUUGAUUGAAGGCUUUUCAUAUUCCAUUUUGGAAACGAGUUAUGACUAAAUGUGCUCCAUCACAACAAUUAUGGUGUAGAAAUUAAAUUGUUGCACCUGCUAAAAUUGACGUAACGUUAUCUUUUAAUAAAUAAUAAACUUUGUGCUCGUUAGAUCCUCCAAAACCUAAUUAUAUCUCAUGUUUAGCCGCAACGAAGACGUCAGAGCCAGCCGAGCAUUUAAACAAGUUCUGCCGAGAUCAGGCUGCUCUCGGCGCCCACACAGCGCGCUGACCAAGAAAUAUAUUUAUUUAAUGAUGUCCUGUUGAGUUAUAACUUAUAUUUAUUCAUUCCUGUAUUUAAUUAUUUAUUUAUUCCUGUCUUUAUUUAUAUAUUUAUUCAUGCAUUUAUUAAUUUAUUUAUACUUAAGUCAUUUUAAGUCCUCCAUAGUUAUUGUGUUCAUAACAUGAUUGUCCUCGCCCCAAAUGCACCGCCCGGAAAAAUAUUGCAUCUAUCGCAGCAACACGCGUCUGUACGUUGACUUUUCAUGGGAUUCGGUCGCGCGAAAAAAUCGCAGCGCUUUUGGUGUGAACGCACCUUUAGACCCGUCUCUUCUGGACCAAAACAAUUUGGCAGCCGAGACAUGCAGACAGGCAGCGAGGACUGCAGGAAGUGUAGGAAAAGCAUAUCUUUUUGCAGAUAUCCUAUUUUACAAAUAUUACUGGGUACAUUCCAUGUUUCCAAAACACAAAUAUUAACAAUUUGUAUAAUUUCUAAAUAUUAUUAUCUUUUUCUGGGGGGGGGGGGCUCAAGGUGGGUGGCCCUCUCUUGGUCAGCCCACUGCCCAGGCCCCAGAAUGAGGAUUCCCAGGCCAGCUGGGAGAUAUAAUCCAUCCAUUGUGUUCUGAGUCUUCCCUGGGGUCUCCUACCAGUUGGACGUGCCCGGAAAAAACAUCUAGGAAGAAUACAUUUAGAUUUUCAAGCUACAUACAUUCCAGUUUAGGUAUAACUAGAAUUUUUGUUUUGUUUUCAUAAUCAUACUAAAAGUUAAUAUAAAUAAUAAUAAAAAUGAAAGCUGCAAGCAGAGAUGAUCAGGCCCUCGGGGCAUGUCGGGAUUACAGGAAGAACGAGUUUAACGUUUUUCUCCUGUGUACAGUGUGUCACGCCACCAAUUAUGUAGUGCAAAUAGUCCACCACAUCCUUUAUCCACAAACUAAAGGAACACUUAAAACAAUUCAUAAAUACUUUCCCCAAAAUGUUUGCAAUCAUCUUUAAAUUUGGUCAGGAUGAUCGAAAAACCUCUAUGAUGCGGAUUGGGGUUUUCAAUUGUUGUCAAGGAAGAACUUGAAAAGUUUUAAAUUUACAUAAAGCUUUGAGGAAAUCACACAAAAGAAUAUUUCCAGUAAAUACGUAUAUAGUUGCAAAUAUGGUGUUUUAUUAAUUCUACACAAAAAUCAUAGCAACAGCCCUGUGAGUCUGUAUUAUCUCCUUUCCAUUGGUAAAGGAUGGUCCAAUGUAUCCCAUGCUAAAGGAGAUAAGAAAGAAAGCAUUGAAGCUUCUUUCCUUAGCAUUGAGAAGAUUGGCCUAACUCUCAUAUCAUCUGUUACUUAGACACUUCUUGGUCAUUUCACUCAGUUGGGAACCUUCCUAAGGAAAAAUACGUUGUAACUGUAGCCUGGGUAAUGUUGGGAAUCUCCUUAUUAGUAAUGGGUGUUUUUUUACAUUUUGUCUUUCAUAUUUUAUUGUAUAUUUUGGUGUCAUUGAUAAUCAUUUUAAAUAUAAAUUAUUUAGGGGAUGUAAAAAGAAAAGUUUGAAAAAAAUGGGAGAUAACCGGGAGGGAAGUUUUGUUGUUUUGUAUAUGCUUUUCAAAAAUAAAUGAACGAAAAAGGA